GUUCCAAUUACUAUCUAUUGCAGUCCCUGUUUUUCUGUUUAUAUUGUUCGUCAGAAGACAUCAUUCCGGUUCGUUGCACUUCCAGUACAAAAUUUCUUUCCUUGUGUGAUCCUUCGUGUAGAAGAUUAUUCUGAUGUUCCAACAUUUUUAUACUCUUCUGUUUCCAAAAUCUACCUCAUAGCUGUUUUCCCAUUUUCCUGUCUUCAAUCCUGUUUAGCUACCAAGACACUUGGUGGUGUUUUACGAUGCGAUCCAGAAGUGAUGAAGCCGUCUGCCAAAACACCUGAUGACGUCAAUCAAGUUCGACCAGCUGAUAUAAAUGUCAUUGCUGCAAUGGGUGACUCAAUCACGGCAAGUUUUAUAAAUUACGAUGAUGAUCCAUAUAAUGUCUAUCCCGGAAAUUCGUAUGUUAUUGGAGGUGAUGAAACACUCGAAAAGCACAUAUCUGUGGCCAAUAUACUACGAGUUUUCAAUCCAAGUAUUGUGGGAAUGUCACAUGGAACUGGUUAUGACAAUACCGUUUUCAACGUUGCAGUAAGUGGAAGGACAAGCAUGGACAUCCCUAGGCAAGCAGAAGAACUUAUUCAUCGGAUGAAAGCUAGAGGAGUUCGUUUAAGGGACGACUGGAAACUAAUUUCGAUAUUCAUUGGAACAAAUGACUUGGGGGAAUUAAGAUGUUAUUCGAAAGAGGUCCGAGAGAUCUACAAAACUAAACUUGAAGAAGGAAUUAGUUUACUACGAAGCAACCUGAAUCGUACCAUUGUUUCCAUUGUGUCGAUGUGGAACCCAGAGUUGACUAUCGAUGCCAGAUCGCUAAUUGAGGAGGGGUGGGCUUUUUUCUAUUUUACGUGUUUUAUGUCGAAGAUCCGUUUUCAUUUUGUUGCAUACGAACUUCAGAACGAAAGGCGCUUCGAUCAUAAAGAUUUCACCGUGGUCGUCCAAGGGUUUAUGGAUGAUAUAAAGGAUGCAUUCCGUAAUAAAAGUGGAGAAUAUGACAAGUCGUUCUAUGCAAGCGACGUAUUCCAUUUGAGUAAGUACGGGAAUGCUGUGGUGGGAAAGUUUCUUUGGAACAACCUGAUCGAACCAGUUGAUCAAAAGACUACAAAAGCCGAUCUGGGGAACGAUGACUUUCCUAUUAAGUGUCCUUCAAAGGUGUGUCUUUAUGUUUUUUACACUCCCUGUUUGAAAUAG